ACACACACACAACCACACACACACGCACACACUCACACGCAGCGUUGUGAGGAAGCGCGCGCACGCAGACACACGCGCACGUACACACACGCGCACGCACACACGCACAACCUGUGUUGUGGUGCUACAGGAAGCUGCUCCUUUUAAGUGAACCGUGCGGCUCAGUCUGCCAGUGGACCGAGGCGCUUUACUGAGUCGGUUUACGGUACCGAGUCAGUUUGGAUCCACUUUAUAACCUGAGACAUGAACCUCCGGGAGGUUCUGCUGGUCUGCUGCUCGCUGGGGACCGUGGGAGGGCAGUUUGCGAAGUCUCUGAACCAGUACAUCCGUCACUAUGAGGGGCUGUCCUACGACACUGAGGCUCUUCACAGCAGCCACCAGCGGGCCAAGAGGGCCACCUCCCACCGAGACAAGACGCUACAGCUGGACUUCCACUCCCAUGGAAGGUAUUUCAACCUACGGAUGAAACGGGACACAAAGUUAUUUUCUCCAGACGUCGUCAUAGAAGUUUCCGGGGUGGAGGAGCCAGUGGAUACGUCUCACAUUUACACCGGGGAAAUAUUUGGGGAGAAGGGGACACUGACCCACGGGUCGGUGGUCAACGGUCGCUUCGAGGGCUUCAUCAAGACCCAGCAGGGCGUGUUCUACGUGGAGCCCACGGAACGCUACCUCAAACGCCAGGACGCAGCCUUCCACUCAGUCAUCUACCAUGAAGACGACAUCCAGUACCCCCAUAAGUACGGCUCUGAGGGUGGCUGUGCGGACCACUCUGUGUUCGAGAGGAUGAGGAGGUACCAGGAGUCGGCCACGGAGGAGCCCGUCCAGGGCCACUCGGUGCACGAUGAGGAGGACCUUCCUCCUGGUCCCGUCAUCCUGAGGAAGAAGAGGGCGGUGGCGGUGGAGAAGAACACCUGCCAGCUCUUCAUCCAGACUGACCACCUCUUCACAAAGUACUACGGCUCCACGGAGGCGGUCAUCGCCCAGAUCUCCAGCCACGUGAAGGCCAUCGACUCCAUCUACCAGGCCACCGACUUCCUCGGUAUCAGAACCAUCAGCUUCAUGGUCAAAAGAAUAAGGAUUAACGGGACGACGGAGGAGAAGGAUAAGAACAACCCCUUCCGGUUCCCCAACAUCGGCGUGGAGAAGUUCCUGGAGCUGAACUCGGAGCAGAAGCACGAUGACUACUGCCUGGCCUACGUCUUCAGCGACCGGGACUUUGACGACGGCGUGCUGGGCCUGGCCUGGGUGGGGGCGCCGUCAGGAAGUUCCGGGGGCAUCUGUGAGAAGAGCAAGCUGUACUCGGACGGGAAGUGGAAGUCCCUGAACACGGGCAUCAUCACGGUGCAGAACUACGGCUCCCACGUGCCGCCCAAAGUCUCCCACAUCACCUUCGCCCACGAGGUCGGCCACAACUUCGGCUCUCCGCACGACUCGGGGACGGAGUGCACCCCGGGGGAGUCCAAGGUGCAGACGCAGAAGGAGCAGGGGAACUACAUCAUGUACGCCCGCGCCACCUCUGGGGACAAGAGGAACAACAACAAGUUCUCCGUCUGCAGCAUCCGCAACAUCAGCAGGGUGCUGGAGAAGAAGAGGGGCGACUGCUUCGUCGAGUCGGGCCAGCCCAUAUGUGGUAACGGCAUCGUGGAGGAGGGCGAGCAGUGCGACUGCGGCUACAGCGACCAGUGCCGAGACGAGUGCUGCUACGACGCCAACCAGGACGCCACCAUCAAGUGCAAGCUGAAGCCCGGCAAAAUCUGCAGCCCGAGCCAGGGCCCGUGCUGCCGAACCGAGUGCACCUAUAAGGUCAACAGCGAGAUGUGCCGCAUGGAGUCGGAGUGCGCGCAGGAAGGGAAGUGCAACGGCCUGUCCCCGCGGUGCCCGGCCUCGGAGCCCAAGGAGAACCUGACCACCUGCCACUCGGACACACAAGUCUGCCUCAACGGGGGCUGCUCCGGGUCCAUCUGUCAGAAGCACAGGCUGGAGGUGUGCACCUGCGCCAGCGAGGAGGGCAAGGACGAGGCCGUGGAGAUGUGUCACGUCUGCUGCAUGGAGAAAGGUAAACCGAACACCUGCAGCAGCACGGGCUCUGAGCGCUGGCAGCAGUUCUUCCAGCAGAAGGUGGUCACGCUGCAGCCGGGCUCGCCCUGCAACGAGUUCCGGGGCUAUUGCGACGUGUUCAUGAAGUGCCGCCUGGUGGACGCCGACGGCCCGCUGGCCCGGCUCAAGAAGGCCAUCUUCAACCCCGAGCUCUACGAGAACAUCGCCGAGUGGAUCGUGGCCUACUGGUGGGCUGUGCUCCUGAUGGGUAUCGCUCUCAUUAUGCUCAUGGCCGGCUUCAUCAAGAUCUGCAGUGUCCACACGCCCAGCAGCAACCCCAAGCUACCGCCCCCCAAACCGCUGCCAGGUGCAGGAACGUUAAAUCGGAGGAGGCGUGCCAACCAGCAGCGGCAGCCGGGGCCCCCCAGAGAGAACUACCAGAUGGCCCCCAUGAGGUCCUGAGGGGCCCAGCCAGCUGCCCUGGUCCUCCUCAGUGCCUCCGAGGGAGCACUUCAGUCCAAAGAGUUCACCCACACACAGACUACCGCAGGACUAUGACCUGUUCUCCAGGCCUGCUUCAACAGGAGGAGGCGCCGCCUUCGGGACCGCCUCCCCCUGCGCCCCUUUCGCUCGGCGCGCCCCUCGUCUCUUUAACCCGGAGGUGGUAACGCCGGAGAGGAGCCCUGCAUCCAGGGGUAUCUCUGUCUCCUCCUGGGAGCAGUGAAGCCUCUCUCCCCCUCGUAUUGCACACUACUGUCUCCUUCUUCUUCUUCUUUCUAGCCUGAAUUCUGCCACAGUCAGCAUGAUGGCUGCUUCCUGGGUUUUGGCCGCCAAUCAACAAGACAUUGCAUACAAAAAAAGAUUUAUAGAGAACUAUUUUGCCAAUUUGACAUGAUUUUACACCGCGAGCUGAGAAUUGUACCUUUGUAGCUCCAACGCCAGUACAGUCUUUCUUUGUGCAGAUAAUACCGAUUCGUUUUUUUCUCGUACGGAAGACAUUUCUCUGCUGUUUAGUGAAGAUCAUUUACUGUUCACCAUCUCAGGAUUAAAAAGCAAAAACAGCGUAAGCAUGAGAGUAGCAAUGUUUACAGUAAGGCCAUGCUUAGAUUGACAAAAAAAGGCUUUCUUUCCUUUUGCUUGAUUGUGAUACAACUACCUUCCCUUGAGGCUCUCCUGAGUCCUCUGAAGACCACUUGCCCUCCUGUCCUCUAAGGAGGCUGGGGUUCAUGAGACCGAACGGCCAAACUGUUAUUGGUGCUAUUCUUUGCUAUGCUUUUCUUGGAUAAGAGUUUUAAAUAUUUUCUACUCUAUAUGCGACUAUUUAAGUUUGGGCCGCUUGCUAUACGAUUCUCCCAUUCUGUUGAUUUUCUUUCCCUGAGAUAGUAAAAUAUUGCACUGAAAUAUGAGAGAUGUAAAUUGAGUAUUCAAGAUCAAAUCAGCUCUGCGCGCCUGUCUGGUUUUAAUGUCUGCUGUUCUAAGUUUGAACAAGUUUCAUUCUAAAUUCUGUUCUUUUUAUUCUGCCUGUCAAUUUCAUCAGUUUUUCCUUUUUUAAGUUUUGUGCAUACAGGUACAUCGCAUGCUUGCAUAAUUGCAUGUACUUGUCACACAUUCAUUAAAUAUACUUGGUGAAAAUCGAACUAAUGGGCUUUUGCUAUUUCCCGAAUGUCUUCCCUUGCUAUUUCACCAUUUUUAAUUCUUCAUUAGACUCAUUUAUAAUUGUUGGACAGGCCUCUUCAGUCCAUACCCAGAUUUGAGGUGAGCCUUAAUACAGAGCAUUCAUU